GGCAACUUGGUGGAUGCUAAGUGGAUCUUUAAGCAUCUCUCUCUGGAAGGAAGCAAGGGAGCGGCUGGACCAGGCACUGGGCUUGCAAGGGGAUUGCAAGCAAGAGCUGGACACUAUCUUCGCCUAUUCAGACAUCCGCUCAGUCACCAGGAAUUCCAGAACAUCAGGCAUCAUGACACUGGCAGCGUACAAAGAAAAAAUGAAAGAGCUCCCCCUAGUGUCUCUGUUCUGCUCCUGCUUCCUCUCGGACCCCUUAAACAAACCAUCUUAUAAAUAUGAAGUAGACACUGUAGAUCUCACUUGGUGUGUCAUUUCUGACAUGGAGGUCAUUGAGCUCAACAAGCGCACCUCGGGCCAGUCCUUUGAAGUGAUCCUUAAGCCGCCAUCCUUUGAUGGAAUCCCUGAAUUCAACGCCUCCCUGCCCCGACGGCGUGACCCCUCAUUGGAAGAGAUCCAGAAGAAGCUGGAAGCCGCUGAGGAGCGACGCAAGUACCAGGAAGCAGAACUCCUGAAACAUCUGGCAGGGAAGCGAGAGCACGAGCGAGAGGUCAUUCAAAAAGCCAUCGAGGAGAACAACAAUUUCAUCAAGACAGCCAAGGAGAGGCUGAUGCAGAAGAUGGAGUCCAACAAGGAGAACCGGGAGGCACAUUUAGCCGCCAUGUUGGAACGCCUGCAGGAGAAGGACAAGCAUGCUGAAGAGGUCCGGAAGAACAAGGAGCUGAAGGAAGAGGCCUCGAGGUAAAGGAGCCCCCCCUCGGGGGCACAUACCAGUUUGGACUGACAGCUCCAAAGGAGGAGGAUGGCAGGCGGCUGAUGAGAUGGUGACGGCGGCGACUGCCUCAGCGCAAAGAGUUGACUGACGAAUUGGGAUUGUUCUCUGCUUUCGUUGUUUGUGAAUGUAAAGAAUUGGUUGGUGAAGCCAUCUCGUGUGUUUCAGGGAGGGAGGGGGAACGUGAGGGGAAGAGAAAGCUGGGAGGAAGAUGUGUGGGUAUUUGGGGGGAGGGUUCGGGGAUGGGAACCGAUGAUUAGACGCAACCCUCCCCCCCCAAAUGGUGGGAUGCUCUAGCCCAGCUUCUGCCAUUGCCAUGUUCAAUAUGGAACCCAGCUAAUUGAGGGGUGAUAGGGAUGGCCUAUGGCAGGUCCCGUGGGGGAGGUGUCAGGGCAGGGUUGUGGGGUGGGGGGCGAAGCGGAAAGAGAAACUGAAUCUGGUGACAGGCCGGGAGAGCAAGCCGGGGAAGCAAAGUCACCUCGGGGGUGAGUGUUGUCGUGUGUGUUUUGCCAUUAAUGUCAAUCGCUGCCGUGAAACAAAAACGUCUUCAUCUCUGUGUCCCUUCUCAAUUCUUCAUGUCAUCACUUAACUCCCAGGUAUUGCAAGCCUGGCAUUGUCGAACCAAAGGCGGCUGCAGUGGUGGUUUUGAACCCACACGCCUUUGUUUCAAAUAAUAAUAACAAUGAUAAUAAAUAGCUUUUGCCAGAGAUUCGCCAUUGUCAGAUAUGGGCAUAAUUCCUCCUCAUCUUCCUGAUGAGAAGUCGGAGUUGAUACUCCCUAAUUACUGUAUGGAUCCAGGAAAUUCUUGUGGGAUAAUGUGAAGCUGGCCUGUGCUCUGGACGUGAGGAAGGGCGAGGUAUAAAAAUAUCUGAUAAAUAAAAUUUAAAGCCAUCUGAUUUGGAUGGGACACCUCCAAAUAAGAGGUCAGGUCACCUUCUGGAGAGCAAACGUGAUUAAAACAACAGUGGAGAAGCUGGUUUACAGGGGCCCCUGACUUUAGAAUAUAUAAUCAGCAGAGCUGGUAUUGAAGGCUAAUAUGAAUUUCGAGGGGGGGGGACAUUCCUAAGCACACCCACAGAAUUAAAAUUUCUGGCAUAAAUUCAGAUUGAUGUCUUCUCUCUGGUUAGAAUUUCCUUCCACCACCACAUUCCCAGUUAUAAAAGCUGUUUAGAUAUUUUAAGGGUGGCAGCAAAUGUAAUGGAUUUGGGAAAGUGUAUCUUGCUUUAUAAUAUUUUCAAAAAUUGUCUUCAAGACAAGGUCAAAUUACGCGUAGAAAAUCAGUUUUGGGAGGGGAUGAUUUAGAGCCAAGAAACUGUGAGGGGUGUGUGUGUGUGUGUGUGUGUGUGUGUGUGUGCGCGCGCGCGUGUGUUUAACCCUUUCACCGCUUACCAUUUCUUGCUCCCUUGUCCAUGAGGUUUCAAAUGUCUGUUUACCAGUGUGCAGAAGAGGUCAGGAGACAACCUUUGGAGUUUGUGCAGCCAUCAUGCACUCUCCAAGAGUUUUCACCCCAUCAUUUCCUGAAACAUUACUGGGAAUCCUGAUGCAGGCUGUUUGGACUGUGGGCUGCUUAAGUGCCAUCCCAUGUGUUUGCAUGUGGGACGUUUUUGCUGCUGAGCCAGCCCUGUCCUCACAGGUCUUUCAGUUUGUUUUGCCACUUCAUUCAGCUGAUUCAAACACUUGCAGUUCAGCAGAGAUUGACUGUGGCUGGCUUUCGUUGAGAGAUGUCACUGCAGAGCACCCCUUCAGAUCAUGUGGUGCAGCCUUGGGGAUGGCAACAUGUCUUAAGCACUCUGGCUCAUGUAAAGUAAUAGUAAGGAAAGAGUGUUUCUGUGUGCGUGCAGAAUGCACUUCCUCAUCAUCACUAAUGAACGAAUGAAGCAGAGUACCUCAGAAUGACAAGGAGCGUUCCCAAAUACAAAGCAGGCAAUGCAAACUUGAGGUGGUGCAGGAAUACGCAAGCCUUUCAGUGCCACAAAAUUCCUUUUCGGCUAGCAUCAGGGCACUCUUCACACGCUUCAGAAGACAAACAGGAUUUUUUUCUCUGCCAGCAUCAGUCCCAGGCCAUAUGGGGAAGCUGUGCUUGCCUCAUUAGCAGGUGGAUAAUGUAUGCAUGCUAGAAAUAUGCUGUAUGAAGAACGGGCCCUCAGCUUGGCUUAAUUAAGUGGCAGAAUCUCUGGGCCCCUCAAGAAAUGACACCUCAAUAAGGAAACGGAAAGAAGGCUAAAUAAAAGAAGCAGAGCUGGGAGGGCCAAAUUGAAGGAGGUGUCUUUUGGCAAACCCUCCCUGGAUUUGGCAAGCAGAUAGACAGACAGACACUGAGAGGAAGGCGCUCCCUUAUGAGGGUGGGGGAGGGGAGGUUGCCAACUUCCCACUGUAAAGCUCUAUCCUGUAUUGAUUGCAAAGCCCUUGGCUCCCUGACAUCCGGAGGAGGUAUUUAGGCUAUCGAUUAAAUAAGGAGGGGCAGAGUGAAAAUGGCAUCUCUGGGGGUUGUUAUGAUGAGGGUCAUCCAUCAUUAAGCGGCUCCUUCUUGACAUGAAAAUUCUGAACAAGAAAGGUGAACGAGAGGGAAGGGAAUGAAAUCUUUGAAGCUGUUCUAGUUGUGGCAAGAAGCUGUCCUCAAGUUUUUGUACACAAUGGAUGUAAAUAAAA